AUGAAACCUGAACAACACAAACAAAUCACUAUAGAAGCGAUAAAUAAUUAUGGUGUUGUAAACUUAAACUUGGUUGACCCUUCAUACCCGAAAGAAUCAGGAAAUUUUGAGACACACUCAUCUCUAAGUAAACUAGGAGAAACAGAAAACAACAAAGGCGUUGAGACUCAAGACUCACUUCCAAUUCUUAGAUAUGUUAACAUCCCAUUAUCAGAUAAAACACUUGAAUUGUCAACCAUUCCAAUUAGAAAUCAAUCAAAAAAACCAGAUAAUCAUCAAGAAGAUGAAAAGGCACCAAAACAAACUCAUUCAAAUCAAAAGAAAAAUGAGCUACAACAUGAUUUUCGAUCAAAAAUAAUUUCAAAAAGUAUAAACCUUCAAAGCCCUGAAAAGAGGUUUAAUUACAAAAAAACAAUUUCAAAAGAACAAUUAAGUGAUAUUAGUGAUUUAUCUACAAUCCCUAAACAACCUGAAAGUUUAUUCACAGAACCAUUUUUAAUUCAUCCACAUUCAGAAAUUAAAUUAAAUCAUGAACGUUCAAAAAAGAAUGAAAUAACUCUUAGUUGUUGUGAUAUUGGUACUACAGUUACUCAUUUCACUGAUAUAUCACCAGUAAUACAACCAACAGCUAUUAAAGAAAUGACAUUAAUUUCAGAAUAUAUGGAUGAUUUAUCUAAAUUAAUGGGAAAACAAUAUUUUCAAGUUAUAUUUGAUGGUAUUUCUUAUUAUGAAGGGAUAUCUUCAAUUCAACAUGCAUUCCAAAACAAAGAUAUUUCAAUUAUCUUUGAAACAGAUGAAGGUGUUUUUGGGGUAAAUCAUCAUAUCGAAACAGGAGAAAAAUGGAAUAGAGAUUUUGAUUUAUCUAUUUUCUGUUUAAGAAGUAAAAAAAUACAAACACCUUCACUUUUUCGGUGCUAUAGAUACUCUUCAAGUAGACUAAUUAGUCAUAGUUAUGAAGUGUUAGGAUUUUGUACAUAUAAUAUUGACACAUCAAUUAUGACAAUUAACAAUAAAUUCCAUGUUCAUUUUAUUGACUUUACUGGAAAAGGACCAUAUGUAUUUGCAUCAGAAUUAAAUAAAAUCAAAGUUAACAGUUUUUCUGUAAUUCAGUGGAUUUGA